CUUGUGAUCUCUGUAAAUCGCUUUCAUGACAUCAGAUUAUCGUGCAACUAAGUCCGGUUUCGCUUUAGAUAUGCAGCGAAAGCUUGAUAAAAAGUUUGAUGGUAAGGAAGCUGCUAAAACUUUGCGAUGGAUACGACAAUUAACUCCACCAAAUAUCCAGUUGCCCGGACCGAUGUCUGUCGCUGUUGAGAAAAUACCGAAAGACAUUGAGGAUGUAAGUUUCGAUGAUUAUCAUGAAUAUCUGUAUAAUGGCCUUAUUUUGGGUUAUUUAAUGGCAUGUUUGGAUCCAAAUUUUGCUUCGAAGUUGAACACUAGUAAAACUUGGCAAGUUGCAGAAAAAGAUAUGUUCGAAAUACCUAGACAAUGGGAACGCAUUUGUUUAUUCCUAAAGUUUGCUGUCGCUAUUGACGUGAGCCCUGAAUCUCUUUUCCAAACAGACGAGCUGCAUGAGAAAAACAAUCUUCCUCAAGUUGUUGUUUGUCUUAGUCAAGUUGGGAUUCAAACACAAGCAAAGCCUGGUUUCAAAGGUCCAGCAAACUUUUGGGUUCAGAAACAUAAAGAAAACAAGCGUGCUUUCACUGAGGAACAGCUACGUUCAGGAGAAACUAUAAUUGGCAUGCAAGCAGGAUAUACUGGUGGUGCUAAAGCCUCAGGUGUUAAUUUUGGCGGUCGCAGGCAUAUAACUGAUACUUUCUAAAGAGUCUGCCUACUACAAAUAAAUGCAAUCAUUUUGGAUCUAUGUAAUUUUGCAACCAACACGCCAUAAAAUUUUUUAUUUCCUUUGAGAGCGCGUACAUCAUUCUGUUUUACAGUCCAGUUAAUUUUGAUGUUCAGUUAUACAUACUUCAGUACUUUCGGUAUUUUUGUUAUUUGGUACACUUGCACGGGAUAAACUUCGAAUGCUUUUGAUACAGUAUCACACCAUGAACUGCAUGUAAUCUAAGAGCAGCAAAUAAACUGAUUCAUAUUUUUAUU